AUGUCAGACGAAGAGGAAGUGUAGUAAGUCAUCUACUACAACAUUUUUUAAAUUUAUUAGCUAAGUUUAAGUUUAAUGCUUUUAUUUUUAGCAGUGAAGAAGAGGAGGAGGAAGAAGAAGUUGAGGAAGACGCUCCAGCUGAAGAAGCAGCCACAGCCCCAGCCGCCGAAGCCGCUCCAGCCGAAGAGGCGGCCGACGUCGAGGAAGGUGCUGAAGAAGAAGGUGGAGAUGAAGAGGAAGGCGGUGAUGAAGCGUAGGUUUCAACAUUUUUUGUAAAAUACGCUCUGGUAAUUAGCAAUUCUAAAAAACCAAAAAUUUUGAAAUUUUAAAAAUUUUUAGGUCUCACCACGAAAACCUUGAAUAUGCAGAAUUAGCUUAAAAAAAGAUUUUUUUCUAGAAGUGUAGGAUAAAGUGUAGGAUAAUUUUAAGCUAAAUUUGUAGUAUUUAACAUUUUAAAAUUAAAGGUAUUCGAAAAAUAAAAUUUUGGGCCCCACCACGAAAACCCUGAUUAUUAGGGUAAUUCUUAAAAACACAAUUUUUUUAGUUUUUUGGGUUAAAAUUAGCUUUUAAAACCGUUUUUUUUAUAAAUCAACAUCCAAAACACCAAAAAAAUAAAAAAAUAUUUAAAUUAAAAAAAAUUAUUUUUAAAAAUUUUUAAAUUUAGUCCCCAAGAAGCCGAAAAGCCCCGACCACGUCCCCCACCACCACCAGAAGAGGAGCGUGAUCCAGCUACCCUAACCGAAGCCGAGCAAGCCAUGUUGGCGGCCAAGAAGCGUCAAGAGGAAGAAGCUGAAGCCAAGUCCAAGGACUACGAACAGCGUCGUCUGCAAGAGAAGGAGCAAAUCGAUCGUGAGUUGGAGGAGCUGAAGCAACGUCAAAUCGAACGUAAACAACAACGUGAAGCUGACGAAGCCGAGUUCGCUGAGCAUCGUCGUGCCGCAGAAGAGCGUCGUCGUCAGGAGGAGGAGGAGCGCAAGAACAAGAUCGAGAACGAGAAGCGUCGUCGUGAGGAGGAGAAGCUGAAGCGUCAACAGAUGAUGGCUGGUUCCUUCGCGGGCUUCGGCGGAGCUGUAGAAGGCGGCCGCAACUUCACCGUGACCAAGAGUGAAGGUGGAGAAGAGAAUGCGGAAAAGGGUGCUACUGGACCAGUCGGACGUCGUGGACCAACUAAGGAACAGUUGGAGGAGGCCAAGAAGAACUACUUGGCUAUUGUUGGAAGACCGGUCGAUUUGACUAACAUGUUGCCAAAUGACAUUAAGAACAAAAUCAAACAACUUCACGCUAGGAUCGUGAAGCUGGAGGGAGAGAAGUACGAUUUGGAGAAGCGACAGGGAGCACAGGAAUACGAUGUAAGUUGAGUGUUGGUUAAAAAAGGGCAAGUGUAAUGAGCGUUACCUAAAAAGAGGAAUAUAUCAGAAGUGUUACCUAAAAAUAGCAUCAAAAACCUCAUUUUAGAGGUCAAAAACGGGCAAACAAUGGUCAUUUUCAAGCAAAAAACGACAAUUUUUAAGCUAAACCCCACUUUUUUUCAAAUUUUUUAACUUAAAGUUACAGUAUAUAAGCUCCAAAUUACAGUACGUAAAUAGCACAAAAAAUUGUACCAAAGUCAAUUUAAAAUUGUCACUUUUCAGCUCAAAGAACUCGGUGAACGUCAGAAGCAAGCCGCCCGUAACAAGGCCCUGAAGAAGGGUGAGGAAGUUACAGAAGAGAUUGGCAACUUGCCUGUAAGUUACUGUAACUUUUAUUGAUUGUAAAUAAUAGCCCAUACAUAGGGCAGAUCAUAAUAAUUUUUUGGAGGUCAAAAAGUUUGUAGAAAAUGAAAAAAAUUGUCUUAUAUUGUGAAACAAAGAUAAUUUUGGGCACUUUUUUAGAGUUUUUAGUGCUUUUUUCUAUGUAUUUUUUGACCUGUGGUAAAGUAAAAAGUUUUGACGGUAGAAUAUGUUUAGUAUUGCUUGUAAACAUUGUAAAAUACGACAUAAAAAAUAAAAUAACUUUUUUUUAGCCAAAGAUUACUGUUGCUUCCAAAUUCGACCGUCAAGUUGAUCGUCGCUCUUAUGUUGAUCGUCGAGUCAUGUUCGAAAACGUAAGUUUCUUAUUGAUAUAGAAGGGGUUUAGCAAGGUAAAAGUUGAGACUAUUGCAAGGCUUUAGCUCAGCUUCACUCCUAUGAUAGGACUUAAAUUCUGGGUUACUGUAACAUUGAGUAAGGCAGGUUUACUGUAAAUAUUUUGGUAGAACAAAGCUAGUUAAGACAAAGCAGGGUAGGGAAAGCAAGGCAAAGGGGGUCAAUGAACAGAAGGGUAGACUAAGGUAGGGAAGGGCAGUUCAAGAGAAAGCAGGGCAGGGCAAAACAAUGUAGAGGAGAGUAGAGUGAGGAAGUGUAGGAUAAAGUAAAAUAGGAUGAAGUAGGGUACGGUAGGGUAGGGUAGGGUAAGGUAAGGUAGGGUAGGGUAGGGUAGGGUAGGGUAGGGUAGGGUAGGGUAGGGUAGGGUAGGGUAGGGUAGGGUAGGGUAGGGUAGGGUAGGGUAGGGUAGGGUAGGGUAGGGUAGGGUAGGGUAGGGUAGGGUAGGGUAAGGUAGGGUAGCGUAGGGUAGGGUAGGGUAGGGUAGGGUAGGGUAGGGUAGGGUAGGGUAAAGUAGGAUAGAGUAGUUGUUUGUUGUAUACUGUACAUUUCCAAAAAAUUUCAGCCAGUGACUAAGCCAGCGCCGUCGAUCGCCCACGGUACCGGACGCCCACCACCGGAGUGGGGCCGCAAGAACCUGGAAGAGUUGGAGACGCUUCGCAAGAACCUUGAGCCUCCAAAGUACGUGGAACAGGUCAAGGCCGAGGGUGAUGCUGCUCGUCCACCAGUCCAGCCAAUCCCACUUCAGAUCCCGGCCGAAGACUUCGAAGCCCCCAAAGCCGUAUGUUUGUUUCUUCAGUUUGGUACACCUAGUCGUGCUUACGACCAUAGAUUGCCUUGGAAGCUGUGGUAUUAGUGGUGCAAAAUGUUUUUGUUUUGUUGGUUAUGUAGGCUUAAAAUAGGCUUAAUAAGCCUAAAAUACGUUUUUUUUUACUAAAAAAAGUCAUUUUAAAUACUUUUCUUUUUAAAACUUUUUCUGCUGCCAAACCGUAAAAAAAUGAAAAAACUUUCAUUUUGCAACACUUUGCUUCAAGAUCUGUCACUUUACUACAAUAUAAUACUUUACUUUACCUUUCGUUUUUAACAUCAUAUACGGUACUGCUCCCCAUCACUUCACAAAUCACAUCUUUCUUGUGUUAAAGCACUGAACAAAUAAUGUAAAAUACGUUUAUUGAUCUUACAUCUAAAUGACUUUUUUCACAUCUAUGUGACAUGACACAUUGAUUUUGAAAGAAAUGAGAAAUUUUUUAAAAAUCGAUAACGAAAUGUCAAACAGAUAAAAAAGUGACAUUUCGAUUUGGACUUGAUUUUUGUAAAAUACGAUGUGGAAAGUAUUUUCAACCUUUUUUACAUUUUACACGGGAUUUUCAUUUUUUUGCAAAAGUUUUAAAAAACCGAUAACGAAAUGUCACAAACCAAAAACUUUUUUUAUAGGCCACAACUAAGGCUAAGGCUAAAAAUAAGGUUUGGGUUAGAGUUAGGGCUAGAACUAGACCUAGGGUUAUUAUUUUUUAUGGUUUUAUUUAGUUUUAGAAGUUUUGUAACGAAAUGUCAAAAAAAUCAAUAAAGUGACAUUUCGUUAUCAAAUUUUUGAAAGUUGCUAAAAAACAAAGCUGAAGCAACUAAAAAAACUUUUUAAAAGGUUUAAUUAAGUUUUUGUAUUAUUUUUUGACGAAAUGUCAAAAAAUCAAUAAAGUAACACUUCGUUAUCGACUUUUUAAAAAUUGCUAAAAAUUACAAAAAAAAAUUUAAGAAAUUAAAAACGUUGCCUAAAAAACAAAAAAAACUAUCUAAACAGAAACUUUUUAAAGUUUAGGUACACUAGGCAUAGGUUAGGCUUAUACAGGUUGUUGUUUAUUGUUACUGCUGAAUAAAUUCUUUUGUUCGUUUCGUUGGAUUUCUUUAUUAUUUCAAAAAACCUUUUGUAAUCUUACUAACACUAGUUUCCACUAAACCUUAUUCUAACUUUUUAACAUUUUUUCUACUUUACUUUAAUAAAAAAUGGCAUUUUUAGUUUUUGCACGGUGCAAAGAUUUAAAUUUUAAAUUUAACUAAGUAAAAAUCAUUUUGAGUGUGAUUAACAUUGUUUGAUGUUGAUGUGAGCCUACAAAUUAAAAUUUUAAAAUUUAAUAACAUUUUUUUUUCAAUUUCAAAAUUUCAGGAAGAGCCAGCCGCUGAAGGAGAAGAUCCCCCAGCGGAAGAAGUCGCUGCCUAA